UAAAAAGUUGAGUAAUAGUUUCUAUCCCAAAAGUUGUAGCCAAUUUGUCUGUCUAAGAAGCCUUCUUCGGAGGGGAAGAUUGUUUCAGCGAAGGUUUUGAAAAGAAAAUAGUCGGGCAAGUUCCCUCCGGGCUCUCCCCCGAUCACGAGUGGCGUGUGAGGCAGCUGUCGCCAAUCCAGGUAAGAAGAAAUUCAAUACAGAUCUCACUAUAUUCGGCCGAGGCGAAGCAUAUCCCAACUGGUCUUUAUUUUUCACGAUUUGCUGGUGGGAUAUUCGAUUGAUUGUGUUUUGAAAUUCAUUGAUUGGCAAAGAAUAUUGGAAGUGAGAAUUAGGGUUAGGGUUCAGGAUAGGUUUAGGUUUUGAUAUUCUGAUUUGGGAGAAAUCAGAUUGGAUUGAAUUAAACCUAUAGAUAUGGCGUCCGUGGAUCCAGAGAUUGCAAAGACCCAGGAAGAGAGGAAGAAGUUGGAGCAACAGCUCGCGUCGCUCACUUCAGUCACCUUCGAUACUGAUCUCUAUGGUGGCAACAAUCCCUUCGAGGGUUAUGAGAAAUCAAUACCUGUUAACGAUGAUGAGGAGCACCUUGAUGCUAUGGACUCCGAAGUGGCGAGGAAAUUGGCCUCGUACACGGCCCCGAAGUCAAUUUUGAAGGAUAUGCCCAGGGGUGGGGAUGAAGACGAGGCCAUGGGUCUCAAGAAAACUCAGAGAAUCAUUGAUAGGGAGGAUGAUUAUAGACGAAGAAGGUUGAAUAGGGUGAUUUCGCCAGAGCGACACGAUGCGUUUGCAAUGGGAGACAAGACCCCGGAUGUGUCAGUAAGAACUUAUGCUGAUGUGAUGCGAGAAGAGGCCUUGAAGAGAGAAAAAGAGGAGACUUUGAGGUUAAUCGCUAAGAAGAAGAAAGAGGAGGAGGAGAACAAGGCAGUGGAGAAGGAAAGGGAACCUGCAGCUGCACAGCCAACCCAAAAGAGGAGGAACAGGUGGGAUCAGUCUCAGGAGGACUCAGGUGUGAAGAAAGCAAAGACUGCAUCUGAUUGGGAUUUACCAGAUUCUACUCCUGGGAUUGGAAGGUGGGAUGCAACCCCAACACCUGGGAGAGUUGGUGAUGCGACACCCUCACUCUCAAGGAGGAACAGGUGGGAUGAGACUCCCACCCCAGGUCGGCUGGCUGACUCAGAUGCAACUCCGGCAGGUGGUGUUACUCCUGGUGCCACACCUGCUGGUAUGACUUGGGAUGCCACACCUAAACAGGCUGGGCUUGCAACGCCAACCCCAAAACGUCAGCGGUCAAGAUGGGAUGAGACUCCAGCUACUAUGGGAAGCGCCACACCGAUGGCGGGUGCUACACCUGCGGCAGCAUACACUCCUGGUGUGACUCCUGUUGGAGGAGUUGAACUUGCUACGCCAACUCCUGGAGCUAUUAAUUUGCGUGGUGCCAUAACGCCAGAGCAGUAUAAUUUAUUGAGGUGGGAGAAGGAUAUUGAAGAGAGAAAUCGCCCUUUAACAGAUGAAGAGCUAGAUGCAAUGUUCCCGCAAGAGGGUUAUAAGGUUUUGGAUCCCCCAGCUUCUUAUGUUCCGAUUAGAACGCCUGCAAGGAAACUUCUUGCUACACCAACUCCAAUAGGUACUCCUCUAUAUGCGAUUCCUGAAGAAAAUAGGGGUCAGCAGUUCGAUGUUCCGAAAGAAUUGCCAGGUGGGUUGCCAUUCAUGAAACCAGAGGAUUACCAGUACUUUGGUGCAUUAUUGAAUGAAGAUGAUGAGGAAGAGUUGUCUCCUGAUGAACAGAAAGAGAGAAAGAUUAUGAAACUACUGCUAAAAGUUAAGAACGGGACACCACCACAGAGGAAAACAGCUUUAAGGCAGCUAACUGAUAAGGCUCGGGAGUUUGGUGCUGGCCCACUAUUUAACCGUAUUUUGCCAUUGCUCAUGCAACCCACAUUGGAAGAUCAGGAGAGACAUCUUUUGGUGAAGGUUAUUGAUAGGGUGCUAUAUAAGUUGGAUGAGUUGGUGCGACCUUAUGUGCACAAAAUUUUGGUUGUGAUUGAGCCUCUGUUGAUUGAUGAGGACUAUUAUGCCCGUGUGGAGGGUAGAGAGAUCAUUUCCAAUCUCAGCAAAGCGGCUGGCUUGGCCACAAUGAUCGCUGCAAUGCGUCCAGAUAUUGAUAACAUCGAUGAAUAUGUGAGGAACACCACUGCUAGAGCCUUUAGUGUUGUUGCUUCUGCACUUGGAAUCCCUGCACUGUUGCCAUUCUUGAAAGCUGUGUGUCAGAGUAAGAAAUCUUGGCAAGCUCGUCACACUGGCAUCAAGAUUGUUCAGCAGAUUGCUAUUUUGAUAGGCUGUGCUGUUCUUCCACACUUGAGGUCUCUUGUAGAGAUCAUAGAACAUGGUCUCAGUGAUGAGAAUCAGAAGGUCAGGACUAUAACUGCAUUGUCUCUGGCUGCUCUUGCUGAGGCUGCUGCCCCAUAUGGUAUUGAAAGCUUCGAUUCUGUUUUGAAACCUCUGUGGAAAGGUAUUAGAUCACAUCGUGGGAAGGUUUUGGCUGCAUUCUUGAAAGCAAUUGGUUUUAUCAUUCCCCUGAUGGAUGCUAUAUAUGCCAGCUACUAUACCAAGGAAGUGAUGUUUAUUUUGAUUCGUGAGUUUCAGUCUCCUGAUGAAGAAAUGAAGAAAAUUGUGCUGAAAGUGGUUAAGCAGUGCGUGAGUACAGAAGGUGUGGAGGCUGAUUACAUCCGAAGUGAUAUUCUUCCCGAGUUCUUCCGAAACUUCUGGGUCAGAAGGAUGGCAUUGGAUCGGAGAAACUAUAGACAACUUGUUGAUACCACUGUAGAGAUAGCUAACAAAGUUGGCGUCGCUGAUAUAGUAGGUAGGAUAGUUGAGGACCUGAAAGAUGAGAGUGAACCAUAUAGAAGAAUGGUUAUGGAAACAAUUGAGAAGGUGGUUGCCAAUUUGGGUGCAUCUGAUAUUGAUGCUCGGUUGGAAGAGCUUCUGGUUGAUGGAAUCCUUUAUGCCUUCCAAGAGCAGACCAGUGACGAUGCGAAUGUGAUGCUUAAUGGGUUUGGAGCAGUUGUGAAUGCUUUUGGGCAGAGAGUGAAACCGUAUCUCCCCCAGAUAUGUGGUACUAUAAAGUGGCGCCUGAAUAACAAGAGUGCGAAGGUUAGACAACAAGCAGCUGAUCUCAUAUCCCGGAUUGCAGUGGUCAUGAAGCAAUGCCAAGAAGAGCAAUUGAUGGGCCAUCUUGGGGUUGUCUUGUAUGAGUAUUUGGGAGAGGAGUACCCAGAAGUUUUGGGAUCAAUACUGGGAGCUCUCAAGGCAAUUGUCAAUGUUAUUGGUAUGACAAAAAUGACCCCUCCGAUAAAGGAUUUACUUCCUCGAUUAACUCCAAUCUUGAAGAACCGUCACGAGAAAGUUCAGGAGAAUUGUAUUGACCUUGUUGGUAGGAUAGCUGAUCGUGGGGCUGAGUUUGUACCUGCGAGGGAGUGGAUGAGGAUCUGCUUUGAGCUUCUUGAGAUGCUUAAAGCCCACAAGAAGGGUAUUCGCCGAGCAACAGUCAACACUUUUGGGUACAUUGCCAAAGCCAUCGGCCCUCAAGAUGUGUUGGCAACGUUGUUGAACAACCUCAAGGUGCAGGAACGCCAGAACCGCGUUUGCACUACUGUGGCAAUUGCAAUUGUUGCAGAAACUUGUUCACCAUUCACAGUUUUACCUGCCUUGAUGAAUGAAUAUCGAGUGCCAGAGCUUAACGUCCAGAAUGGUGUUCUGAAAUCCCUCUCCUUUCUAUUUGAGUACAUAGGUGAAAUGGGAAAAGACUAUAUAUAUGCAGUGACUCCAUUACUUGAGGAUGCUCUCAUGGACAGAGAUUUGGUUCAUAGGCAGACUGCUGCUUCUGCUGUUAAGCACAUGGCUUUAGGAGUGGCUGGGUUGGGGUGUGAGGAUGCUUUAGUACACUUGCUGAACUAUGUUUGGCCAAACAUUUUUGAGACAUCCCCUCAUGUUAUAAAUGCUGUCAUGGAAGCCAUUGAAGGGAUGAGGGUGGCAUUGGGCGCAGCUGUAGUGCUCAACUACUGUCUUCAGGGUUUGUUCCACCCGGCUAGGAAAGUUAGGGAGGUAUAUUGGAAGAUUUACAACUCACUCUAUAUUGGCGCUCAAGAUGCACUUGUGGCUGCUUAUCCAGUGCUGGACGAUGAUGAGCAAAACAUAUAUAGUAGGCCUGAAUUGAUGAUGUUUGUGUGAGAUGCAGUUCGUGACUGUUUGUCAAGGCUUCUUCUAUCUGUUUUUCUCAUUUCUCUCUGGCAUUUGCUGUGAACCUUCAAAUUUGUAGCCUUAUUGAAGUAGAUUGACUAUCUGAGAUAUUAUUUUGUUUUUGUAAAAA